AUGGGAGCUAACUCCGUCACACUCCAAUACCCAAGAGCGGGACGACCAAAUGACCCUUUCAAUGAAGUCAAAGGACACUGGAAGAUGCCGCGGUAUCUCUUGAUAGCGAACCGCAGUAGCGAAGACGACCGCGCUAGACCGCCGGCGGAGGUGGAGCUGCGCGGUUCAGCUGGAAUCUACGCACGCGAGCUGAUACCUCAAGGCGCGAGGUACGGCCCCUUCAUGGGAAAGUGGGUACCUAAGCCUUUGGACCCAAGCUUCGCAUGGGAGGAUUCUGGGAUUAUCAUAUCCAAGAUGUGUAUCAAAAAACUCGAAAACCAUAAUACAAAAAGAGCUACGAUGAAAAAUAACAAAAAUAAUCCAACUGAAGACAUGAGGAUGUUAAUGUAG